AUGAACUACCUAAACGCACUUUCCCAAAUUGUCCCUUCUAGUGAAACUUCAGCAAAAUCUCCGGACACACCUUCUGAAUCAAUGGAGGUGGAUAUGAAUCGAGAAGAGACGAUGCUUAUUAACAAUCUGACUGACAAAGCCAUCGUACUAACGGCGGUGGAAAAAGCUCGAAUCUAUCGCCCAUGGUCAUACUCGGUGAUCAUUAAACUAACGAGGAGGAAGAUUAACCACGCCUAUCUCAAAAAUAGACUUUCAGUGUUGUGGAAACCUACGGAAGAAUUAAUCCUCAUUGAUCUGGGUAGUGAUUAUUUCAUAGUUCAAUUCCUCAAAAAGGAGAACUUGCAAACAACCCUCCAAAAAGUGUCGUGGUUCAUUAACGGAGCCUUUCUAUCGGUUAGAAAGUGGCACCCAAACGUCGCAGCAUCGGAGGCAAAUGAAACUGUAUCAGCUAUAUGGAUACGCCUACCGGAACUACCGACAGAAUACUACGACCAUUCAAUUCUAACCAAAAUUGGUAGCAAAUUGGGAAAACUAGUUAAGACGGAUAUAUGUACAUCUACAACGCUUCGAGGUCGAUAUGCCCGAAUAUGUAUUGAAGUUCCAAUGGGAGUCCCAGUCAAGAAGCACAUAUACAUUGGAAGUUUAAAACAAUUUAUAGUUUAUGAAGGGGCCGACAUCCUAUGCACAAAUUGCGGAAUGAUAGGACACACACUCGGGAUGUGUCAUAAUCGAUGUACAAUCCCUGCAACUAUGCUUCCUGAGGAAACUACAGAUACCACACCACAAACUCAAACUCCGCACAAUGAAUGUAGUAAAGAGGACUGGCAGGUGGUCAAUUUCAAAAAACGCACCAAGAAUAACCAAUUUAAGGUGGCAUCACGCUCCAUGGAUGAAAGUACUAGCUUCAAGAGCCUUCCUAGGACAAGGGGAAUAAGUGUGACUUAUCAUCAACAUCUACCUGAGGAUACUGCUGUCAGAGUCGAUAACACAGACACGAGUAAGUCCACUGACUAUCAGACGACUAAAUACAUUGUUAAAAGUAAGGAUAUGUUUAUUCCUUCCACUUCUAAAGAAGGUUCUCCCACUCAAUCUAAGAUUAAAGAUACAAAUUAUCAUAAAAAUAUCCCCCGGAGUUCCAAUUCUAAGCCUACUCUGAACUCUCCCCAAAACAUAGAAAAUGGGCCUGAUGCCAUCCUUGCCAAGCUGGAAAGCAAAGUUCCAGGGAUGUCGGAGGGCUCAAUGCUGAUAUACUCUACGCCGAAAGCUCCUCUGAACCCUAACCCUACGUCAUGGGUGGAGAUAGACCUGCAAGUCCAAGCUCUUGUGACGCAUGUGUACUUUGAAGACAGGCAGGUCAUGUGUGUCAUCAGCACUCCGGAGCUCUUAUCUUACUUAGCUUUGGAAGGGAUAAGGAGGGAAAUGGAACUAUACAAUAGCCACAUAUGGAUGUCGAUAGUUCUUCAAGCCCCGAUAAACUUCCCAGUACCGACCAUCCCAUUCUUCACUUGGAUCAUUGAGGACCCAACAUUUGGAAAUGCAGGUGGCCUAGCAGUCAUGUGGGAUGACUCUAUCCUGGAACUGGACGAGAUUGCUACCACAAACCAGGAAAUUCAUGCUAUUGUUAAGGUAAGAGACAACAAUGAUACUUAG